GUGUGUAUGAUGCAGGCAAUGCUCGUGUCAUGUGACAGAGUAUUUGCUCCUCCCAAAUCUGUGACUCAGAACAUAGAAACGCCGGGUAUUGUCAGGAAGGCCAAAGUUGUGUCUGCUACAAAUGAAGACGAUAAAAAUGCAGCGUUCGAGGGUUCUAAACGAGUGCGCGAGUUGAAACUCAAAUCAGUUUCAGCAGAAAAAGCAUUCAACCCUAUACAACGUUUCGUUAAAAAACGAACACCACGAAGCCCACAAAGUACUGCAGAAGUAAAUGGACCUCAAGCAUUCAAUGGAAUGAAAUCAAGCAAAUCUAUGAGCGACCUACGCGCAGACGACAAUUCAGUUCUACCCGGAAGUAGUAGUCCAUUGGUAAAAAUCAAGCGUUUGUUUCAGAAAAGAACUUCCGAUUCCGACAGAUUUCUCAACAAACCACAAAAGACUUAA